UGUUUUAAAUUCACAGAUUUUUAUCGUUGUGUGCCAGACUAACUGGAGAAAGCAGCAGCAGUGUGUGUAUGUUUGUGGAGGAUCCGACAGUCACCUAGAAAACUGUCUCUUUAUUGAAUCCAAAUGCAUCCGGUCAGAGUGUCUAUUCUCUUUCGAUCCGAAAACAACUCGAUCGAGAAGGGGUACACGGUCUUUAAAAUUGAAGUGCUGAUGAAUGGCAGACAACACACUGUGGAGAAACGCUACAGUGAAUUUCAUGCUUUGCAUAAAAUGCUAAAGAAAAGCAUAAAACCGCCUGAGAUCCCUUCGAAGCAUGUUAGGAACUGGGUUCCCAAAGUCCUGGAGCAGAGGAGGCAGGGUCUGGAGUUAUACCUGCAGACUAUAAUUAUGGAAAAUGAGGUCCUUCCAAAGAUAUUCCUGGAUUUCCUGAAUAUCCGCCAUUUUCCUUCAGUGCCAAAAACAGAAAGUUGUGGGUCAUUUGAUACAGAAUCAGAGGAGUCAAGUAAACUUUCACACCAGCCCGUCAUGUUGUUCCUCCGAGACCCCUAUCUGCUGCCGUCAGCACACGAUACAUUUUCAAAUGUUGUGAUUGAAGGUGUGAUACAUGGAGUUUUCUACCCAGAUCUUCAGCCGAGGUAGAGCUUCAGGAGCCACAUCCGAAGGCGCGUCACUUCUAAUGGAUGCUUUACAUUCGCACAUCAUUUAGUGUGCAUCUGAAAGGAGAUAAGAAGUUAAGACAUAACACUGAGCCGCAAAUACAUCUAGGGUCUUUCCUAAAACGAACAUUAAAAACAGUAGGAGCUUAUGGAGCACAUUUGACAUAUUGAUGCUGAAUCUCUUAAACAGGGGCAUCACAUCUAAAACUUAAACCUGUAAUCCUUCAUUGUCCCGAUGCCCGUUAAGUUAACAUGUGUGGCUGGUUUUUUAAUCAUGAAAGAAAAUAAUGUUUUGAGGGAUUAUAAUCAAAUCAAGCUGAUAAAAUGAAAUAUUUUAAUGAUGAGAAUGAACUGUAGAUAAAUACAUAUAUUAUCUAGAAGAGCACAGAGUAGACCACAAGCCCCCACCAAGCUGAUUCUAACACAUUAUCACACGUUGCAAAAAGUUGUUUUUCUGGGUAGUGGAUUCCCAAUUUCUGACCCUUCCACUAAAUUUAGUGAAAAUUAAUGCUAUAUUUUUUGCGCAAUCCAGCUGACAGACAAACAGGUGCUGGCAAAAAGAUUUCCAACCAGGCAGAGGUAAAAGUAUUUAUAUUUUGCUUUAUUUCAUGAAAGAAAAACGUUAAUUCAGGAUCUAGAAUUAGGGAAAGAUGCUCAAAGUAGAUUUAAGAGUGUCUGGAGUGAUACUGGACACCAGAAGAUGUGAAGACGCAGACACUGAGGUUGGUUUGGCAGAGUCGGAGGAGCUGGAUCGUGGCCUGUAAACAGGGAGGUGCCUCCUUUUCUAGGACCAGAGCUGUGGUUUUUCAAUUUUCAGCCGAGCAGCUAAAGGAGGGCAGAAGGGCAACGUGGACUAGAUAUGACCAAAGAGGGUGUUUGUGCUUUCUGGUGCAGUCGACAGCUAUGAGACAGAGUUAGAAAAAACACCCCAGCACUUUAAGUAGGGUACACAUCACAUUUUAUUGAACAGAAGUCUUUUAUCUGCAGUGGAGCGGUGUGGUAUUUGCUGUGGUGACAGUUUGAUGGAGUAAUUAGCUUGAAUAUUUGACUGUAAUGCAGGAAUGCCGUGUGCAGUGUUACCUGAGAAUGAGGAAAUACACAUUUAGGUGAAGGUGAGUAUCAUUGUAGUGGUUAAAAAAAAUAUUUGAUGUCAUUCGAGGACAAUUUCCUUGGGUUUUCUUCUCCUCUUUGCAGCUCCUCUCAUAUAUAGUAUUUUGAGGAUUGAGGAAAUAUGAGGAGAUGUAGUUAAAAACAUGUAGAAGCUCUUUAUUAGGUUGAGAAGUGCAAACUGUCAUCCCAGGCUACACAAUGCAGAUUUUUAAAUUUAACUGAACAUUAGUUUGAUAUUAUUUUGCCUCGUCUUUCUGUCGGCAGUGCACUUUCUUUAUAUUAUAAAAUGGUGAGCGUUAACAAUAACUCCACAGUAGUCGCACUGAUGAAGCCUGCAUUGGAUUCAUUUUUUCCUCAUCGGCCUCCUGGAAUCAUUCAAAACCAACUAUCCUAAAAUAGCAUUAACAUUGUUGCUAAUCAUGACAUCAGAUAACAAUUAUUGUCAUUGUUGAUUCUUUGCUCAAAUAAUUGAUUAAUCAUUUGGUCAUAAAACACCCCAAGACAUGGUAUUCAGUUGAAAUAGUGGAGGAAAGGAACUGAAAAAUGCUCAGUUUAAAGAAGCUGCAAUCAGAGAAUUUAUAUUUUUAUUCCCUAAAACUGAUUAUUAGUGAUUAACAUAGGUGUAAACAAGUAAUCAAUUUAAUUUAUUGCAGCUCUAUGUUGAGUUAUGUUUCUUUCUGUUAUUGUUCCAUGUUGAACUAAAGUGGCUAAAACUCUUCACAUGUACAUUAGAUGCCUCAUGGGGGUAAAUUUCCACUAUAAGGUUCAGGGUUUGUGUGGACAUGAGGAUAAUGUAGGGAAAA